AUGUUCGGAUCGGUAGCUACAGGCGAAACGAAAUCUAUGGAUGAGGCGAAGAACAUCACUUGCCAUGUAGCGAAGGUGGAUUCGUUAGACAAGGCUAUUGAAAAAUUCUGGACAGUGGAGGAGCUCGAGACUAAAAAACCACGUUCGCAAGAAGAAGAGGACUGUGAAGCACACUUCAAGAAUACUGUAAAGCGUGACAGUACUGGCAGGCACAUAGUACGUUAUCCUAAACGCAUGGAAUUUCACAGCAUGGUUGGAGAAUCGAAACAAGCGGCUUUACGGCGAUUUCUUCAAACAGAAAAACGGCUGAACCGUGACCGCAAUCUACGCAAGCAUUACGUGGAUUUUAUGCAGGAGUAUUUGGACCUAGGGCACAUGAAAUGCAUCGGUAUGGCCAAUGACGAUCGGUUGGAUGAAGACAAAACAGUCUGUUAUCUUCCGCAUCAUCCGGUGUUUAAGAAAUCUAGCUCGAACACAAAGGUACGGGUUGUCUUCGAUGGGUCGGCGAAAACAUCCACGAAUUUUUCGCUCAACGAUGCUCUGCUCUCUGGGCCCAAUAUUCAGGAUGAACUGUUAGAUUUGAUGCUUCGCUUUCGGGAACACCCUGUUGCUCUAGUCGCUGAUGUCGCAAAAAUGUACCGUCCGAUUCGGGUAUAUGAGGACGACACUCCACUCCAGCGGAUAUUAUGGAGAUUCAAUGCUUCGGAACACCUUCAAGUGUAUGAGCUGCAGACUGUCACCUACAGUUUAGCUCCAUCGUCGUUCCUUGCUACGCGGGUGUUGAAGCAGUUGGCUCAGGACUUAGAAAACAAAUACAAGCUUGCUGCCAGCGCUGUGCAAGAAGAUUUCUAUAUGGACUAUUUUCUCUAUGGAGCCGAGUCUGUGGAAGAAACCAUCAAACUACAAAGGGAGGUACAAGCUAUGAUGAAAGAAGGAGGAGGAGGUUGA